UUUUAAUUAGCAUUUCGGUUAUAUAAUCAAGCUAAUUUAUACCUAUUUAGAAAAUGCUAUUUUCUUUCUAUGCUAGUCUUCGUACAGUCAUGAAAAUAUAUAUACUGCUAUGCUUGGUGGCGCUGUCUCCGAUAAAAACCACUCUUGCGCACGCCGGCGGGCCUGUAGACAUUGUAAUCACAGUAUUGUAUUACUGCGACGAAAACGGGGACAAAAUAGUGGCAGCAGGUAAAGUAGAUAACGAUAUCGAACGUAGAAUAAAGUAUUACAUCAAUACAAAUAUUGCACAGAAUCUGCCAGUGGAAAUUGUAUCUAUGUACGAAGAAGCAUCUCAAAUCCCACUUGCUCAGGAACUUCGUGAGGAAAUACAAGCAAAUCACAAAUACAUCUUUUCCGCAUAUGUACCAACAAGUAAGAUCAGAGAGAUAGCAGCAGAGAGUGUACGACUGACCAAGUCAGACUACUUCACUGAUUUUGAAGAAAUAGCCAAUAAGGCUAACGAAGUUAUGAAGGAGAAAGAAGAUCCAUAUUCUUCAACGAUACAGCCUUCCAUUCCGAAUGCUGUAUACUUUUCAAUCGGUGCUAGCAAAAAAACGGUUGUUCAAUAAAUAUUAUA